GGAAAACAUGAAUUACGAGGAGUUGCAGGCGGUGCAGGGAGGGAGGGCCAAUAGCACAAUUCCCUGACGAUUUUUCCCAAGAAGUCGAUUUGGCAACGCUUCAGUGACUGUUCAAGUCGGGGAGACAAAACAUCGGGGCCAGAGUGUAGCUCGCUCUCUUUCCAUUUUCCAUCUGGAACUAAUCGGGAGCAAUGACUUCUCUUCCUACAAGCCCCGUGGCUACACUUGGAGACCAAAACAGCACGAAUGUCACGCAGUGUCCUUCUGUUGAAACCAAGGAAUGGACCUUCACUGUGUUGCCGGUCUAUAUUCUAUUCAUCGCUGUGCUGGGAAUCGUGUUUAAUGUGUUUGUCCUGAUGAUAUUCUGUCUCCACAAGAAGGCCUGCACCGUGGCUGAGAUCUGCUUGAGCAACUUGGCUGCUGCUGACCUUAUCCUGGUGUCCAGUUUGCCCUUCUGGGCUGUGUAUGCAGCCAACAAAUACAUCUGGCGCUUUAGUAGUGCCUUGUGCCGACUGGUCAACCUUUCCAUCAGUAUUAACGCCUACUGCAGCAUCUACUUCCUCGUUCUGGUCAGCAUAGAUCGUUACUUGGCACUAGUGAAACCGCUGUCCCAUGGCAGAAUGCGUAGGCCAAAGUUUGCCAAACUGGCUUGUCUGCUGGUGUGGGCUUUGGGCUUGCUCCUGAGUGUCCCCACACUCAUCUUCCGAGAAGUGAAAUAUAUUCCUGAGUUAAAUAACACAAUAUGCAGGUUUAAUUACCCAAAUACCAGUGUACUGCUGCUGUGUGAGGGGAUGCUGAUCAUGUUCAGCUUCAUCAUCCCCAUUUCCAUUAUUUCCCUCUGCACUUUCAAGAUUAUUCAAUCUCUGAAUAAAAGGCUAGUGGAGGGGUUAAACACUCAGAAAAGGGAGCAGAAGGCCACCACUCUGGUCCUGGCUGUCGCGGUGGCGUUCCUGAUCUGCUGGAUGCCAUUCCACCUGGUGAAGAUAUUAGAGAUGCUUGUGAGAGCUAACGUCUUGGACAACUGCAGCCUCUCGAUCUUCAUAGAAACCAGCAAACAGAUUGUCAUUUACAUAGCCUUCUUCAACAGUGUUCUCAACCCCAUUCUCUACGUCAUUGUAGGGAAAAACUUCCGGAAAAAAGUUAAGGAAUUCUUCAGCUAUUGGAGCGAUAAGAGAAGAUCGACCUUCAGCUUCACCACCUCACACACAUCCCUGUCAAGGAGUGUUAAAUUUGCGGCUGAGUCAUACUGAUCUGCAAGACUCCAAUCCUUUAAUAAGAUAGAGUAUGUUUUUUUGACGAUGUCACUUAAAGAAAUGUUCUGUUAUGUACCCAGAAGUAAGAUAGGAAACUAUAGGAGGUUAUACCUGCAUUAUAUUGGUGUAAUCAGAAUAUAUGAUUUUUAUUUUACGUUCCAAUCAUGGCUCAGGAUCAUGGUUGCCCAUCAGAUCCUGAUCACCGUGGUAGGAUUUGAAUUUACUCUUUCAUUAUUUUCAGCUGGACCAUAAUCCAGGGCUUUAACUAAGAGGAGGGAGAGUGUAGGUGUUCGAUGACACAAAGGCUUUAGCACUGGUGUACGCUGUCACGUUAUGCGUCUUAACUUGCUGGGAUCCGUUCCCAGUCGUAAACCUUCCUUGGCACACUCACACAUCCUCACAUUUUUGUCGAGAAGAUGUGGUCUCACAUUUUAAAAUUCACUUCUACUUCAGUGUGUCUGGCCUUUCUCUACAUGUUUCAUCUGGGCAACACUUCAGGAGGAAAGUUAUACAGAAGGAGGACAAGACAUCAACACCAAAUAUUUCAAUGCUUCAUUGUGUUAACAGAACAGCAGAAACUAGGGCUGUGGUCAUUUGUAAUGCAAUGGAUCAGAUUCCGCUCUAUCUCAUAACAUCCUGCUGAGAGUUUACACCACUUGUGGUGCAACUUUAAGAGAUAUGGGUCUCAAAUUACUGCAUCUGCCAUUCUAACACUUAUGCCCUAAUUUUUUAAAUGAAAAUGCUUUCAGACUUAAAGUAGUGAAAGUAAUAUACAAAAGAGAUGGAAACAGAGUGUGCACAGGAAGUGUUUACAGUCUUAAUAUGACACUUUAAUGGCAGGAUGUUCCAUGACUGUGUGUGUGCAUUUUCUAUGGCUAUAUGUGUUUGAAUAUAUUUCUCUGUACUGUUACACAGUUUUACUCUUACUGACUUGUGAUAUUGUAAUGCUAAACACCCAAAAACAAAACCUUCCAUAUUUUAUAUCCAUGUAAUAUUUUUUCCUUCUGUCUAACUCUGUAACUCAUACACUUUCUUUUCCUUUGACUCCAAAAAGCAAAUUUCAACUUGCUUAUAAAAGAGCAUUACCACUGCACACUGUGUACAUAUUUUCUUGCUUCUGCAAUUUGUUUCUGCUUACAGUUUAUUUACUUUUAUGAUUCCCGAGGAGUAGUGACUCACACGCUCAUGUUGGUAUUUAUUUGCAGUGUGAACAAAUUUCACUGUUUCUGAAACAACUUUUGUUCAUCAAUUGUGAAACUAUUUGCAACUUCAACUUAAUUUAAUACCUGCAGUGGCAUACAUGCAAAAGUUCACUUUUUUGUCAAGAUUGCAGAGUUUGGGAGAGGCUUUCAACAAUGAAUACAGGUUGAGCUCCUUCUAGUUCAGGAAACAAGUCAGAGCAAGUCAGCAGAGCCAGCCAUUUUUUUCAGAUUAGCUAACCUACUUUAUUUGGAAUCACAAAUUGAAAGUGAGCUCUUUAAAAAUGUUGGCAAUAAUCAAUCCCUCAUUGCAUAAGAAAACUGGUAGAUAGUGUUGGUCUAAGUUGAAUGAAAAUAUCAGUCUGUAAACUCUAAUGGAUGUUUCUAACAAAAAGCUUGGGAAUCAUUUUACACUUUUGACUGCAUUUUCUCAAACAGUAAUAACACUGCCUUUACCGAGUUAAUCGUUGAGAUUGCUGACAACCGGGAAAGCAGAAACAUCACUAAAAUAAGUGAGACUGGCCAAGAACCUUAAGCAGUCAGGUGAUUUGGUAAAAAUCUGUACAAUUGUCUGAUAGCUCAUGGUUCUAGCUCAGUCCCCAGACUCAUUUUCACUGAUGUUGCUGAGUUCCCACAGCUUAGCAUUGAACUUUGAAAGAACAAUGUUUUUAGUGCCCAUAGGAAGAAUAUCCAUGAAAAUAAGAAAAAAAAAAGAGUUAUGCUUUAGAGUCAAAUUGCUCCCAUGUUACGCUUAAAAGUGUUUUUACAGGUUUUGGGGAGUACUACUGCAUAUGUAAACUAGAAUUAUCACCUUGCGGUUGUAUGCCGCCACCAGCCAGGUAAGUUGCAGGAAAAACGAGAAGAAUGCAUGGAAUAAGGUGAUUUCUCUAGUUCUGCUGCAUCCAUUUUAAGCUGUCUAUCAUGAUCCAACAGUUAUAGAGGUGCAAUGCUAAGUCAGUGAAGAACUCUUUUAAUGUUCUCAGGCUCAGAGAUUCUAUUUUAAUUCAACCCAUCAUAGAUCACUGUCACAGCUUUGUUUAGUGAGGUUCAACCUUGUUUUUCCAUAAGAUAGCCUUUCCUGGUAUUUGUUGAAAUACUUCUAAAUUACA